AUGGCAAAUAUCCCCCUCAUACUCUUCAUUUGUCUUCUGGGAGUUUGUCUUGGUGCUGAAAGAGCAGUCUUCCUUGACAGCAAAGAGGCAAACUCAGUGCUGCAGAGGCAAAAGCGAGCCAAUUCAAACAGACUGGAAGAGGUUAUUCCUGGGAACCUCGAGAGAGAAUGCAUAGAAGAAAAAUGCAGCUUUGAAGAAGCCCGAGAAGUGUUUGAAAACACAGAGAAAACAAUGGAGUUUUGGAAAACAUACAUUGAUGGAAAUCAGUGUGACCCCAAUCCAUGCAAAAACGGAGCCAUUUGCAAGGACGCAGUAAGUUCUUACGUGUGCUGGUGCCCUGCUGGGUAUGAAGGCAAGAACUGUGAGAUAGACUUCACUUGUGCCAUUAAAAACGGAGGCUGCAAGCAUUUCUGCAGGCACGACCCACCACGGAAAGUUGUGUGUUCCUGCGCCACUGGCUACAGACUUCAUGAAGAUGGAAAGUCUUGUGAACCUACAGUGCCAUAUCCUUGCGGGAGGAUCACAGCUCCUGAAGCAAAGACCAAGCUCACCCGAGCUAUAAACACCUUUGACCACUGGAACAUCACCAAUGAUGACCAGGAUGAUGCUCACGAGGAGACACUUGACAACAUCACGGAAACCAGCACUGCUGCCACCACGAAAAUCACACCCGUAAUUAAGACAGAAACCCGGAUCGUCGGAGGGUCAGACAGCACGAGAGGAGAGGUGCCCUGGCAGGUUCACCUGGUGAACAGUCACGGCGUGGGCUUCUGCGGCGCAUCCAUCAUCAACGAGAGAUGGGUUGUGACAGCAGCACACUGCCUGCAGCCAGGGGACAACGUCACUGCCGUGGCAGGUGAAUACAACACCAACCAGGAUGACCACACAGAGCAGCGGCGCAAGGUGGUGAAGAUCCUUCCCCACCCCACGUAUGAUGCCAAUGUCAACAAGCACCACAACGACAUUGCCCUCCUGGAGCUGGACUCGCCGCUCAGCUUCAACAGCUACGUCACCCCCAUCUGCCUGGGCAACCGGGAGUUCACCAACACGCUGCUGAAGCACGGCAUGGGCACGGUGAGCGGCUGGGGCAGCACCCUCUACCGCGGCCGCCCCGCCACCGUCCUCCAGAUCCUCAAGGUGCCCUUUGUGGACCGGCCAACCUGCCUCAAGAGCACCUCCACCACCAUCCUGCAGAACAUGUUCUGUGCAGGCUUCCAGGAUGGGGGCAGUGACACCUGCGGGGGGGACAGCGGAGGCCCCUACACCACUGAGAUUGAGGGCACCUGGUUUCUCACAGGGAUCACCAGCUGGGGUGAGGAGUGCGCCAAGCCAGGUAAAUACGGCAUCUACACCAAGGUCUCCAAGUACUUGAGGUGGAUAAAGGACAUCACGAGGCUCACCUAA